AUGAUAAGGCCAUUAAUGCUGCUGAAGAGAGAGUUUAAAGCUAGUUUUGCCAUUCUUAAUGGUGAAGAGUAUAAGUUAAGUGCUUAUCUCCCGAAUAUUGGUAACAAAUCUUUCACAAUUUCUAGAUCUCACACAAUCAAUGAUUUUUUGAACGAAAUUCAAUUGCAAAGUCCAGACAUUCAAAUAAAGCAUUCAUAUAGCUCAGACUCUUCUUUUAAAGCUACUAUUGAGCAAGAGCCCAUAAAAGUUGAAAUUAAUGAUGAAGAGUACGAAUUCUCAAAAAACGAUUCACAAGCACAGUCCAAGCCUGAGUACGCUGAAGCCUAUUUUAAUAAAGGAAACCUUUUAUUUGAAUUAAAACGCAUGGAAGAAGCAAUAGAAGCAUACAGCCAAGCUAUCAAAAUUGACCCUGAUUUUAUUAAAUCUCAUUACAAUAAAGGAGUUAUUCUCUCUGGAUUAGGCUUACAUAAGGACUCAGUUCACUCUUUCGAUGAAGUGAUUCGAAUAAACCCGAAUUAUAUUUCAGCCUAUUACCAAAAAAUAAAUUCUUUAAUUUUAUCAGGAAAAAAGAAAGAAGCAAUUUCUGUGUGUGAUGAUGUAAUUUCAAUAAAUCCAUAUGACUCAAGCACUUAUUAUCAGAAAGGUAUUUUAUUAGACAAUAUAGGAAACUUUGAUGAAGCAAUUGAAUGCUUUGACGCAAGUAUUGAAAUUGAGCCAAACAACCCUAUAUUUCAGCAUGCAAAACUAAGAGCUCAAGAAAAUAAAAAAACAGAAAAUUCCACAGAAAAUAGCAAAGCAUAA